GAGAAGAUCUGUGCAAAAGGGAGGUCUUUAAAAAAAAAAAAGAGGAGGGGGGAGGCGGACGGAGCGAGCCGAGGGGCAGGCAUGGAGCCCCCCCACCUCUCCAUCAAACAGGAACCCCUGGAUUCAGGAGAUUCCACCUGUCCGGAUUCACAACACAGCGGCGAGUCAAGUUCCGGAUGUCACUUGCGUUCCGCCGGUAACGGUUUCCUACGAGGGAUUACCAAAAAGGAUCCCAUGUCCCUCUUGGCCGGAGGACGCAAAUACUCGGACCAUUGCGAAGCUCGCGCUUCCAGGCCGGGCAAAAGCCGGAUUCCCGGGCGAGACCACCGGCGGUAUUACCACGAGCACUGGCGGGCCGAAUACUUGAUGGAUUUCAACGCGGCUCGGCAUGGCAUGAUCUGCAUGGUGUGCGGGAGCUCGCUGGCCACGCUGAAGCUGAGUACCAUCAAGAGACACAUCCGGCAAAAACACGCCUACUCGCUCACCUGGAGCGCCCAGGAGAAAGAGGUCAUCAUGAACAGUUGGGAUGCCCACCUGGGCUUGGAGAUGGAGACGGACGGGGCACGCGAGUCUGGCAAAGGGCCCGGUGCGGCCCCUGGGGAUCACGCAGAGCUCUCCCUGGACGGAGGCCGCCGGAGAUGCCGUGGGCCGGCUCCUCUUCCCUCUCGUGGGGGGCGCCGGCCCUCCGGCGUCACCCUGAAAUCUUCCUCGGACGGCGAAUCCCAGAGCCUGGAGCAGUAUUUGAAGCAAUCGUUGCAGAGCUGGUUCCAGUCCGAAUUCCUGAUGGAUUACGACCCCCAUGGCAACCGUCUCUUCUGCAUGAUGUGCGGCUCCUCCCUGCCCAGUUUGAACCUGGACGACAUCAAACGUCACGUGAUGGAGGCGCACCCCACUUCUCUUGGCUUCAGCCCUGCUGAGAAGGGGGCUAUCCUGGAGGCAUGGAACUCUCGAGAGUUGGUGCUGGGAGGCGAGGGGAGAAACGCAGAGGACGCAGAAACUGCCAUGUCUGCCCGACAGGAUCUGAUCACGAAACAGCUCGAUUCUUCGGCUUCCCCAGAUCACCCCACGGCAGAGGAGGGGACGGAUGAAGCCGGCCCUUGGGACUCGGAAGGGAGCAGCCCUCGCGUUCCGGUCCGUGGCCGAGACCACCGCCGCUACUUCCAGGAACACUGGAGGAUGGAGUACUUAAUGGACUACAACGGGGUGCGCCACGGGCUGGUGUGCAUGGUUUGUGGGAGCACCCUGGCCACGCUCAAAAUGAGCACCAUCAAGAGGCACAUCCAGCAGAAGCACCCCGACUCCACGCAACUCAGUCACCAGGUCAAAGCGCUCAUCGUGCAGGAGUGGAACCAGAAAGUGGCCCGCCUGACGGACGCCGACGACUCCCAGCCGGAAACGGAUGCGGAGGUAGACCAAGAAACUGCCAUGUCUGCCCGACAGGAUCUGAUCACGAAACAGCUCGAUUCUUCGGCUUCCCCAGAUCACCCCACGGCAGAGGAGGGGACGGAUGAAGCCGGCCCUUGGGACUCGGAAGGGAGCAGCCCUCGCGUUCCGGUCCGUGGCCGAGACCACCGCCGCUACUUCCAGGAACACUGGAGGAUGGAGUACUUAAUGGACUACAACGGGGUGCGCCACGGGCUGGUGUGCAUGGUUUGUGGGAGCACCCUGGCCACGCUCAAAAUGAGCACCAUCAAGAGGCACAUCCAGCAGAAGCACCCCGACUCCACGCAACUCAGUCACCAGGUCAAAGCGCUCAUCGUGCAGGAGUGGAACCAGAAAGUGGCCCGCCUGACGGACGCCGACGACUCCCAGCCGGAAACGGAUGCGGAGGUAGACCAAGCCGAAUCGCGGCGUGUUUACAAGCCACCUGCAUCUCCAAAGGAUCCUCCGGAGGACUGGGCCACCCCUAAGAGGGAGGAAGACACCCCCGGAGCAGACAGGCUGGCCCUUCCCCUGCCAUCUACAGGGGCUGCCUCCUCCACGCCAGCCGGGACCUUAUCUCGGCGGAGUCAGCGCCGAAACUACCAGCCCCGCUGGCGGGUGCAGUACCUGAUGGACUACGACGAGCAGAAACACGGUUUGAUCUGCAUGGUCUGCGGGGGCACGCUGGCCACCCUCAAAGUCAGCACCAUCAAACGUCACAUCCUCCAGGUGCAUCGGUUCUCUCUGGAAUACACCGAGCUGGAGAAACAGACAAUCCUCGAAGCUUACGGCAAAAGCGAGCGAGUUGCCAGGCGCGGCAGGGCCCUGGGCCCAAAGUUGCCCGUGGCGGGCCUAGAUUCCGAAACUCAGGAUAUUAAGCCGAACGUGGAAGAGGCAGGGAAAAUGGCCUUGGGUUACAAACUCUCGGUGUGCGCGGUUUAGCCGAAUCGGCUGCGGAACAACAAACAGUGAAUGUGAUGGUUUCUACUUUUCUUGCGUCUUCUGCUGCGGACAGCAGAGAAGGUCGAAGUGUUUCUCGGAGAGCUGCAACUGGAACCAACGCUUGCGGAAGGUCCCAAAAUAUUUGUUUAAUUGCAUGUUGUGUUCCAGCAGCAACAAUAUAUAUAUAUUUUUCUCUCUGGGCCUCUGUGCUGCAGAGAUUUUGACUCAGAAAACUUGGGGCGCCAGGGGCUGAUGGUACAUUGAGAGCUGGAGAAAAAAAGCCAA